CAACCACAGACCGGACCAGCCCAAGCAAGCGCCGGAGGCCGGAGCGCGUGCCUUCAGUUUCGACUCUCCCAGCCCUCCUUUUCCCGUCCAAAAACUCUCCCCCUUUCCAAGUCCAACCUAAACCUCAGCCCCCCUUCUCCUCCCCGCUCCACCUCCCUCCGCCUCUGCCCCGCACGCCACAGCAGAGCACCCAUCUUCCCAGCGCCCGUCACCCACCUCCACGGCCGGACGGGCGCCCGUCGCCAUCGCCCUUCCCCCCUCCCUCCCUCCCUGCCUCCGCGGAUAAGUAGUACGCACUCGCUUGCAAGGGACGCCGGACCCCGAGCUCUCACCGGCCGGCAGAUUGAUUCCUGCGCGAAUUCCUGCGAGCCAGAGCGCGGGACGAACCCGCCCGCGGCCGUGGGCGUCGAGCGGUCCGUCCGGCGCGCAUUCGGAGGGCGAGCUUGUGCGUAGGCGGCGGGGGAUGGGAAUGGAUCAGGGGGCGGAGGAGGCGCGGAGGAUGGCGAGCCUGCAGGCGGCGCGGAGCGCGCUGCGGGCGGGGGUGGAGCGGUCGCGGGCGCUGAGCCACGCGCUGGCGCGCUCGGGCGCCAGGGUCGGGGAGAUCCAGGCGCGGCUGGCGGCCACGGAGGCCGGGGUGCGCCCGAUCCGGGCGCCGCGGGACGCGCUCGAGGGGGCGGGGCCCAACAUCGACCGGGCAGUGGGCCCCGCCGCCGCCGUGCUCAAGGUGUUCGACGCCGUGCACGGCCUCGAGCCGCCGCUCCUCGCCGGGGCCGCCGCCAGGGAGGACCUCCCGGGCUACCUCGCCCUCGUCGCCCGCCUCGAGGAGGCGCUCCGCUUCCUCGCCGACAACUGCGGCCUCGCCGUCGACUGGCUCUCCGACAUCGUCGACUACCUCGGCAAGCGCAGCCUCGCCGACCCCCGAUUCGUGGCCGACCUCGCCGGGGCGCUCUCAAAACUCAAGGGCGUCCCCGCCGCCGGCCUCGACGCCGGGCUCCUCACCGCCGCCCUCGACGUGCUCGAGGCCGAGUUCUGCCGCCUCCUCGCGGAGCACUCUGCUCCGCUCGCUAUGCAGGAGGACCACGACAAGGCCAAGCCCGCCGCCGCCUCCAUCACGCCGCCGAGGAUCCCCGCCGCCGCCGUGCAGAAGCUCGGCCUCACCCUUGACCGCCUCGCCGCUAAUGGGCGGCUCAGCUACUGUGUGGCGGCGUAUGCCGACGCUCGUGGGGACACGGUGAGCGCCAGCCUCCACGCGCUCGGCCUCGAUUACUUGCAAGACCAGACACAGGAUGCUCAGGCGCUGAGCCCGAGCGUCGAGCUCUGGGGCCGGCAUUUGGAGUUCGCGGUGCGCCACCUAUUGGAAGCGGAGCGGAAGCUCUGUGUUGCUGUCUUCGAGCGGCGGCCAGAAGCCGCGGCCGCUUGCUUCGCGGACAUUGCGGCGCGCGCUGGAAUUCUUGAUUUCCUCAAGUUUGGCCGCGCCGUGGCUGAUGCCAAGAAGGACCCCAUCAAGCUCCUGAGGCUGCUUGAUGUGUUCGAUUCUCUCAGUAAGCUCAGAUUGGACUUCAACCGGUUGUUUGGUGGAAAGGCAUGCCUGGAGAUCCAAAGCAGGACCAGAGAGCUUGUGAAGAGAGUGGUGGAUGGCUCUGUUGAGAUUUUUGAGGAGUUGCUGGUGCAGGUGGAGCUGCAGCGCAAAAUGCCGCCCCCAGCCGACGGCGGAGUGCCAGGCCUGGUUACCUUCGUCCCCAAGUACUGCAACCAACUCCUUGGGGAGCAAUAUCGGUCUGUGCUCACACAAGUGCUUACCAUCCACCGCAGCUGGCGCAAGGAGGCGUUCAACGACAAGAUGCUCGUCGAUGCAGUGCACAACAUUGUUAAGGCCCUGGAGGCCAACUUCGACACAUGGGCAAAGGCGUAUGAGGACAAGACGCUGUCAUCUCUCUUCAUGAUGAACACCCACUCGCACUUCUUCAAGCACCUGAAGAGUACCAAGAUGGGGGAGAUCUUAGGUGAUGAAUGGCUCCGGGAGCAUGAGCAGUACAAGGACUACUACUCAGCACUGUUUCUAAGGGAGAGCUGGGGAACGCUUGCGCCCCUGCUGAGCAGGGAGGGUCUGAUCUUGUUCUCCAAGGGUCAGGCUACAGCAAGGGACUUGGUGAAGCAGCGGCUCAAAUCGUUCAACGCCAGCUUUGAUGAGAUGUACCAGAAGCAGUCCGCGUGGAUCAUACCAGAUAAGGAUCUGCAGCAGAGGGUGUGCCACCUUGUGGUGCAGGCUAUAGUGCCUGUUUACCGUAGCUUCAUGCAGAACUACGGGCCGCUUGUCGAGCAGGACAUCAGCGCGAGCAAGUACGUCAAGUACAGCGCUGAAGGCCUUGAUAAGAUGCUUAGCACCCUCUUCAUGCCGAAGCUUAGGACUAGGAGGACUGCAAGCAUGCAGAUCAGAAACUCAAAUGGCAAGAUUGCCAGUGCAGUGACUGGGCUGCAGCGGAGUGCUUCAACAUUGCAAUAGCAUCAGUUGAAACUCCGGAAAGAUUGGAUGUACAGUAGUGUUGUGCAAUAACUGAAUAAUCAAAGAAUGAUUUAAUUUAUUUCGAGCCAGGCGUUGAAGAUCCCGGCUGUGCGGGAUACAUUGUAAUCGCUCGACGAUAAUAAGAGCUGCUGGAGCAUAGUAAGAACAUAGACUUCUCCAGCACUGACAUAGUGGGGGAGAAGGAAACUGAAAUCAUUCCUCAGAGCAUAUGGGGGUCCCCUUCCCCUAGGCCAUUCUCUUCGCAUUUGUAUCUCUAGCAUUCAUAUACUCUAUUCGUUUUAGGAAACUUAUGUGUGGAGCAUAAGAUGUGUAAUCAGUUGUCUGGUAUAUGUCAAAGAUUGGUUGUAAUUUAGGUGGGUAUUUAGUUGUUUUUAUCAAUGUUCAUUGAAUUAUAUGGAAGUAUAUUACUGCCUGUGACAAAAA